AUAACGAUAGUUUCGAGGUUCUUGAGACACUCUUGACGGUAGUACUUUUCACUAUACAGAAGCGGGCUCUUAAAAAGGGUUCAGAUCUGUGAUUUGUGACAAGAAAAUUCAAUAUGUCAGAAGAAAGUGGAAACGACGUUUGGAGCAAGCGAUUGCCGUUUCCAAAACCGGGUGAUGAGAUAGUGAUUUCUGGCAUUGCCGGGAGGUUUCCGGAGUCAGAUAAUUUAACGCAUUUCCGAGAGAACCUGUUCAACAAGGCAGACCUUAUCACCGAUGACGAUCGUCGUUGGAAACUGGAAAAUCCAGAUAUUCCUCAGCGAACUGGAAAGAUAAACGAUAUUAACAAGUUGGAUGCACAAUUUUUCGGCGUGAACGUCAAGGAAGCUCACACCAUGGAUCCUAUGUCUAGAAUGCUGUUGGAACACACUUACGAAGCUAUCGUCGACGCUGGAGUCAAUCCAGAGCAGCUUCGUCGAACUAAUACUGGUGUCUUUGUCGGCGCUUGCUACAAUGACUCGGCACGCGAGUGGCUGUACUCAACAUUGAAGGUGGACGGACUGGGUUUAUUGGGCUGCAGCAAGGCCAUGAUGGCUAACCGACUCUCUCAAUGGUUGGGAUGUACAGGACCCAGCUACACUGUGGAUACAGCGUGUAGUUCCAGUUUAUUCGCUAUGGAUAGUGCGUACAGGGCAAUUAGAACUGGCGAAUGUGAAGCAGCCAUCGUUGCAGGGGCCAACCUGUCACUCCAUCCGAAUGUGUCACAUCAGUUCUUUCAUAUUGGUGUACUUUCUUCCGACGGACGCUGCAAGUCAUUUGACAAUGAAGCGAAUGGCUACGCCCGAAGUGAAGCUGUAUGUGUUGUCUAUCUCCAGAAAUCGAAGGAUGCAAAACGUAAUUACGCAAAUGUCGUAUACACCAAAACUAAUUGCGAUGGUUUCAAAAAAGAGGGCAUCACGUAUCCGUCGUGCACGAUACAACAAAGAUUACUUGAGGAAUUUUACGUCGAGUGCAAAAUCCCGCCGUCGAGUUUGGCAUUCGUAGAAGCACAUGGGACCGGAACAUCAGUUGGUGACCCUGUGGAGCUCGAAGCUAUCGACAAGGUAUUCUGCCCAGGUCGAACUACUCCGCUACGAAUUGGUUCAAUCAAGUCAAAUAUGGGCCAUUCCGAACCAACAAGUGGACUUUGUUCUAUAGCCAAGGUUCUCAUUGCUAUGGAGAGUGGAUACAUUCCGCCAAAUUUAAAUUAUAAUCAUCCACAUGAAGGAGUCGAAGCUUUGAAAACUGGUCGCAUCCAAGUUAUCUCUGAAACAACACCGUGGGAAGGCGGUUACGUUGGCAUAAACUCUUUCGGCUUUGGAGGUAGUAACGCACACGUGCUUCUGAAGUCGAAUGUGAAAGAGAAGAUCAGAAAUGGCUCACCUGAUGACGAUAUGCCCAGACUUGUUGUCGUAUCCGGGCGAACAGUGGAAGCUGUGAAUACUUUGUUGGACGAUCUCGAGAGCAGACCAGUAGAUGUGGAAUACGUCAGCCUUUUCCAUGAUUUACACGCUACAGAGAUUCCCGGCCAUCCAUACCGUGGAUACACGAUACUUCCUUCCCGAGGCGUAUCGAGGAAAAACGUGAGAGAUGUGCAAUAUUACUCGGGUGCAAAACUGUCGACUACGCUGAUUUUCGAUGGAUUUGGUUCUGAGUGGGUAAAAAUUGGUCAAAGUCUGUUGCAAGUCCCGGUAUUUGCCAAGGCUCUACAGAAGUGCAACAGCGUUCUCAGAUCUUACGGCGUGGACAUUUUUGAUAUUUUCAACGCCAAAGAUCUGAAAUCCAUCAACAACGUUACAAACUCGCUUGUUGGUACCACUGCAAUACAGAUUGGUUUAGUCGAUGUAUUAUCAUCCUUAGGGAUCGCGCCGGAUUACGUUAUUGGGUAUUCAGAUGGAAUCUUGGGCUGUGCGUACGCCGAUGGUUGUUUGACUGCGGAACAGGCAGUUCUGGUGGCACACUUCAAAGGAAAUCUACUCACAAAAGGAGGAGAAUGGCUCGAAUCUUCAGCAAACGAUAUUUCUAAUCAUGAAGAUUUGACGCCUCUGCCGAAGCCGAAUUCUGAAGUCAUUAAUGACGUUGUUACGGAGAAUUCUUCAUCUGGCAAGCAAGAGAAAUGUCGGAAAAAUUUUACAACUAAGGCUUACGUUGAAUUUGAUGGAAAUGAGACCUACACCGGCAUUACCAAUCACGGUCAAAAUAUCGUAGCAGAUGGUCCGAAAAAACUAACUUACUUGCGACGAGUUAUUCCGAAUCCAAAACCGCGUAGCCAGAAGUGGGUGCAAAGCAACAAGUGCGAAAAUAGUUCGGAUCGGCUUUUCUCGCCUGAGUACUGCUUUGAAAACUUAAUGAACCCGGUUAAAUUCGAAAAUGUAUCAAGCCUGAUACCGGAAAAUGCAAUAACGAUUCGAAUGGGACCGCAUAAUUGCCUACCAAUGAACAGAAUCAAUAUCACUUUGACUCAAGGUGGAACUGAAAACUACCUGGAAUUCUUACUUAUUGCCAUUGGGAAAAUGUAUGAAAUCGGUUUGAAUCCACAGAUGAGUAAGUUUUACCCCAAGGUUCAAUAUCCGGUCAGCCGUGAGACUCCUACGAUUUCCCCGUUGGUACGUUGGGACCAUACCGAGGACUGGUGGGUCAUGCGUUGUGAUAAGAUUGAGAAACUUAUAGCUGGAGAGAGAGUCGUUCAUAUAGACCUCGCUGAAGAUGAGUUUGAAGCGAUGGCAGGGCAUGUCGUCGAUGGAAGAAACUUGGUACCUGCAACUGGUUACCUGAAAAGCAUUUGGCAAACAGUGGCAAUGAUGCAAGCACAACGAUUUGACGAAACUUCGGUGGUAUUCGAAAACGUGAAAUUUCACCGGGCUACUACUAUUCCAAAAAAGGGUGAUCUUACACUCGAACUCACGGUUCACAAGGGCUCAGGUAGAUUUGAAGUCGUCGAAGGUGGUACUUCUGUCGUCACGGGGUUCGUUCGCACCGUUUUAAACGCCGCUUCAGAACGCACUAGGUCCGAGUUGUUACCGGAAAACAGCGACGAACUCGUCCUGACAACUAGAGAUAUCUACAAAGAGUUGCGACUUAGGGGAUAUCAGUAUGCGGGAUUGUUUCGGGGCUUAAAACAGGCAUCGGUCAAAGGAACCAAAGGUCUUAUAGCAUGGGAAAGGCAUUGGGAAGCCUUCAUGGAUAAUAUGCUGCAAAUAAAAAUUCUUGGAAUUGACACUCGAGGCUUAUUCGUUCCCACCGGUAUUCAGAAGCUUGUUAUUGACGCAAAGGCGCAUUCUGAUCAGCUCCGAUCAAUGCCCGAUAAAGAGAAAGUAUUCUCAGUGGAGUUUCACAAAGAUAUGGACAUUAUCAUCUCAGGAGGAGUAGAAAUACGUGGGCUGAAAGCUAGUGCUAUUCCCCGAAGAAGACUGCAUGGAGACCCGGUUCUUGAGAAUUACAAGUUUGUAGCGCAUCGCGAUAAAGCUGACACGGAACUCCAAGUGGUGACGAACAUUGCUACGCAGAUAGUGCUUGAGAAUCAUUCCACUCUGAAAAUAAAAACCAUAGAAUUGUUUGGCGUAGUCGAAAAUUUGUUAUCUGAAUGUUUGAUAUCUCCUCUGAUCCAGAAGGUUUUAAAUAAUUUACCAUUAUUACAAGCCGACAUAAAUGUCAUCGCUCCACUCCACGAAAUUGCGAUUGAUGCAGUACCCGACGGUAUUACAAUCUCGGAACCUAAAAAAUUGUCCGCCGAACUAGAUGCCCUUCUAGUUGUUACCCAUGGACUGCUUUGGCACAAGGAUGCCAGAGUGUUGAAAGAGGUCCAAGCGGUCAUAAAAGACACAGGUUUUAUACUUGCCAGAGAGCCACUGAAUGCAAAUGUUGAUAGUCUUCGAAGUGACGUGAGCGAAAACUUUGAUGUAAUUCUUGAGAAAUCUACGUCAAAAGAAUUACUACUUCUUCUACGUAGAAAACAACAACUGUUUCCAUUGACUACCGUGGUAAGAGUCAACAACGAUGAAUUCACAUGGAUCGAGACUCUGCAAGCUGCUCUGAAGGGGGAGAAAGAUAAAGCCGUUCGUCACAGAAACCGAGUACUUCUUGUAAGUGAAGGAGAUUACGAAAGUGGACUCAUAGGACUGGUUAACUGCUUGCGAAAAGAACCAGGCGGUGAACUUGUGCGAGGACUGUUGAUUCAAGAUUCGCAAGCUCCGAAGUUCUCUUUAAACGAUCCAUUCUACUCGCAGCAAUUACAACUAGACCUGGCCCUCAAUGUUCUACGUUCAGGAAAAUUAUGGGGAUCUUAUCGGUUUUUCCCGAUGGAACCAUUGGCACUUAAACCAGUUUACCAUGCUCAGAUAAAUCAGUAUACGCGUGGUGAUUUGAGCACACUUAAUUGGGUUGAAGGUACAAUUCAGCCUGACGAACAGCAGAGAGAUAUUAUCAAGGUACAUUAUUCAUCGUUAAACUUCCGUGAUGUUAUGCUGGCUACCGGAAAAUUAGUGGAAGUGGCCCCAAAAACGAGACAAGAGCAUGGAAACUUAAUUGGAUUUGAAUUCUCAGGACGAGAUACAAACGGUCGCGCAGUAAUGGGAAUGGUCCGGACCGGGGCCUUGUCAAAUUUGUGUGUCUGCGACAGGGAUCUUCUUUGGGCGGUGCCGGAUAGCUGGACGUUGGAGGACGCAGCUACGGUGCCUGUUGUUUAUGGAACGGCCUAUUACGCGCUCAUGUUGAGUGGUAAGAUGAAGAAAGGAGACAAAGUGUUGAUACACGCCGGAACCGGUGGUGUUGGACAAGCAGCGAUAACUUUGGCACUUCACGAAGGCUGCGAAGUUUUUACUACCGUGGGUACACCAGAAAAACGAGAGUUCAUCAGAAAACAAUUUCCACAAAUCGAUGACGAUCAUAUCGGAAAUUCUCGAGAUACGAGUUUCGAGCAACUGAUUCUGCGGGAAACUCGUGGACGAGGCGUGGAUAUCGUGUUGAAUUCCUUGGCAGAAGAAAAGUUACAAGCAUCUGUUCGUUGUUUAGCAACGGGUGGACGUUUUCUAGAAAUUGGUAAAUUUGAUCUUGCGGCAGACAAUCCUAUUGGAAUGGAAGCUUUUCUGAAGGGCAUCAGUUUCCAUGGAAUUUUCUUGGAUACCUUAUUUACCGCUUCCUCUAUUGAAAAAAUGAAACUGGCAGCAAUGCUCACUGAGGGAAUGAAGGCUGGUGCAAUUAAGCCCCUCAUUCGUACCGUAUUUCCAAUAGACCAAGUCGAAGCUGCAUUUCGAUAUAUGGCAGCUGGAAAACACAUCGGAAAGGUGAUUGUAAAAUCUAGUAACGAUACCAAUGUUCACCUUCCUCUUGCACUUCCUCGUUACUACUGUUCAAAAGAUGGCAGUUAUCUGAUUCUUGGUGGCCUUGGUGGCUUUGGUCUUGAGCUAGCAGAUUGGCUCGUAUUUCGGGGAGCUAGAAAAUUAGUUUUCACCUCCCGAAAGGGAAUUAGUAGUGGGUAUCAACGUAUGCGCAUUGACAUUUGGAAAAGCUACGGAGUCGAAAUUCUCGUAGUAGCGGGAGAGGAUGCCUCAUCACACGAGGGCUGCGAGGCCAUUCUGAAAAAAGCGGCAGCGCUUGGUCCAGUAUAUGCUAUUUUCAACCUGGCUGUUGUAUUGAGGGACGCCCUCUACGAAGAUCAAACCGUAGAAUCAUUCGAAGAAUCCUUCAGAGCCAAGGCUAGGGCUACCAAACAGUUGGAUAAGUUAUCAAGAACGUUGUGCCCUGAAUUGAAGCAAUUUGUGAUAUUCUCGUCAGUGUCUUGUGGCAGAGGUAAUGUUGGACAAACCAAUUAUGGAAUGGCCAAUUCCAUCAUGGAAAGAAUAUGCGAGAGAAGAGCGGCAGAGAACUUGCCUGGUUUAGCCGUUCAGUGGGGGGCGAUUGGUGACGUUGGCCUGGUAGCUGACAUGAAUGAAGAACACAAGGAGCUUGUCAUAGGCGGCACCCUACAACAGAGAAUUAUCUCAUGUCUGCAAGUGCUCGACGGUUUCUUACAACAGAACUGUCCAGUCGUAUCCAGCAUGGUGGUUGCCGACAAAGCUACUCAUUGUCAUGGAGCUGGAAAUAUCAUCGAGACAGUCCUAAAUAUAAUGGGAUUGAAGGACCUCAAAAAUAUCAGUAUGCACACACCAUUGUCGGAGCUAGGGAUGGAUUCUAUGACGGCAGUUGAAAUUAAACAGACUUUGGAACGUGAUUUUGACGUAACCCUAACCACAUCCGAUAUUCGUGUUCUCAAUUUCCACAAGCUUCAAAACAUGGCUAUGAAAGAUAGCAUAGAAGACGAAAGACAAACAAGAACGGUGCAGGAAAUAGAUGAGUUUGCUGGCAUCAAGCUGCUUAUUCGUAGGUUAGACGUGGAAAAGCUCGAUAAAAAUAUUUACGUGCACCUGACAACUGCAGCUGAGACUGGAAAAGAAGUCUUUAUGCUGCCUGGAAUCGAGGGAACGUGUACCGUAUUCAAAUCGUUGGCUAGUAAACUCAAAUCUCCAGCGAUUUGUUUCCAGCCUACAGCAGUUCCGACGAGUUUAACGUCGAUUCACGAAAUGACUGAUUAUUUUAUCCCUCAUAUUAACUCGAAAAGCAACGAACGCAGAGAAUUUGUAUUAGUCGGAUACUCCUUUGGAAGUAUUUUUGCCGUGGAGCUUGCAAGGCGUUUGGAAAACCAAGGGUUCACAGGUCGCCUCGUGCUGCUUGAUGGUUCACCUUUCUAUACAAAAGAACUCACCGGAUCUUUGCUUCAAAAAUCUGAUGAACAGAUGCAAUUUUAUACCAUAGUGGCGAUGAUGAAUAGUGUGGCACCCUUGUCCGUCGCAAAACUUACCUCAGAAUUGCAAAAUUGCAGUAGUUGGGAUGAGAAAUUAACAGUGUUUAUGAGAAAUUUGCCCGAACAUUUGCAGUCGAAUGUCACACCAGAUGAUCAAAAAAUCAUUUGCUCAUCUAUUUAUUCUCGACUGAAAGCUCUCAAGAGUUAUGAGUGUUCAGAAUUACCACCCAUAAAAUCUUCCAUCAUCCUAGUGAAACCUAAAAUAUCCGAGAAUUCUGUUUCAUCAGAGGACUACGGAUUAGGAUCGGUCACUUCGGCUAAUGUGAAAAUAUACUAUGCGAAUGGCAAUCACUUAACAAUGCUGGAUGAUGAUAUUUGCGCAGCCGCUGUUAACGGAGAACUUGCAGAUGAUGUGAUACGUAAUUCAAGCGAUGCGUAAUGGAAAAUAUAUCAUUUGGUCAGCAAUUUUACCUGUGGAUAAAGUAGCGGGUAUACGUACCGAGAAAUUCUGGCGUUGAAAACUAUGCGUAAAAUUUUUACUACGCUAGACGUUUUCAAUCGUUUACUCAUUGUUAGUGGUGAAUUUAUGUAGUAAAUUUGAAUUCUUGCAAAAAACACGAUGUAGAACGAGGUAUGUAGACAUCGAAACAUCAAUAUUGAUUAUUAUUCAACGCUGAUCAGCUACUAUUCCUGUAAUACAUACACGAUAUGAAAAUGA